AUGCCCGGGACUCUAGAUGCCGCUUGGAGCAGACUCACAGGCGCAAUUAUCCAAUUACAAACCAGCAUCCACGCCUACAAAUCUUCUCAGGAGCAUCCGUCACAGUAUAAAUUCCUAGAAAUCAAAAACAGCGAAUAUCCAACUCAGCAUACUACGGAGUCAUUUGCUCCACAAACAGGGCAGGCAACAACCUCUUUAGCCACAUGCGCCAGUCUCAAUGCCCUCGAAGCGCAACUUGCCUCCUUCGAGCAACAACUGAAGCAACGCAGACAAUGGCGUGUACCGCCAUAUUUUAGCCCGGAUCCUUUUCUUUUGAUCGAUCUAAGUGACUUGGACGAUGCCAUACAUCUCCUGGAAAGUGCCAUUGAUAUCCCAAGGUUUCCUCAGCGAGCGAAGACCCCGCACGACGCUUUUUCGAAGCAAAGGUGGGAGUGGGACUUUCAGUGGUCUGAAUGGUACUACGAGGAUCCAACAUCGAGGAUCCAUGUCUACUUGACUGAGUGGGAGCUGAGGGACGAUGCGAGUGAGUGGCAGAUAGUAGCGCAAGGUCAUAAAAGUGUGGAAGAAAGUUUGGCAACGCUUGGAUCGUGGGUAGAAUGGGUGUGGGAUCAGGAGUGGGGUGAAUGGUAUCUGCCCUUGAUUGUGGAGGAUGAUGAGGUGACGAGGAGGAGGAUAUAUGCUUGUCACUGGAAGAAGACUGAAGAGGGGAACUGGGUCUAUGUCGAAAGGAGGGCGAGUACACACGAGGACAAUUGA